AUGAUCGUGUAUCUCUGGCUGGCUAGUUUUGUUGCCAUAACAGCCCAAAUAGGCAACAUUGAUAACCAAUUUUACGUUACCUUCCAAGAGGCCAUGAACAUGUCUCAGGUGCAGCCCAGCAAGAUAGCAGAAAUAACUCUGGAUGGAGUACGGCUUGCCAGUGGCGUGACAGUGGUAUUGGCCCAGUCACUGAGCUUCACGGGUGAUAUCCCAGCUGGAAAGGUCACAGCCCCAAUGCUCUUACAGACCAUAGUAGGCAACAAGGUUCCCACAGACCAAUUUACACUCACCUAUCUGAGGGGAAAUGCUCUCAAAUCCCUUCUAGAGGCGUAUAUGGCUAGCUCUGUGUGCUCAUCUUUGCCUGACAACGGGGUGUUCCCCCAGAUAGCCGGCGCCAUAUUCACUCACAACGUCUCGAGAUGUGAAGUGACGGAGAUCAGAAUUUGCAGGCGCUGGGUUCUCUCGGAUCCAUCGUGCCAGGAGUGGACCGUCCUGGACCCACAGGAGCAGAUAUUCCUGGCGGUAGAGGUGUCCAUGUAUGCCAACCCUGUCAUCGCGGGGAUCUUUCAGGUCAAUAGUGCGCAAAAUGUAAGCAUCAAUUUGAUUUCUGGAGCGCUUCGCUACUUCAGACAGUAUAAUGGAACAGUGGUGAAGCAAGAGUCGUUCCAGGACAUUAUCUCGGGGGUGCACCAAUCAGGGCAGACCAAUUCACAAAUGUUCGCUCUACCAAUCUUUAUUCUCAUCCUCGUCUUUAUCAAUGUUAUUAUCUGCUGCAUCAAACCGAAGGCCGUUGGGAAGAAAGAAACAAGCCCUCGAAAGUACGAUUCCGGCUUCAAGAAAGAUAAAGGUGCCGGGCAGCCGCAAGUUCUGAACCAGGAAAUGAGCCGCAGAGACAUGCUUGACUACAUGCGCUUCAAGAACUCUGAGGUGGAGCAACUUAUGCAACUUUAG